GUGGGCAUCAACUACCAGCCGCCCACGGUGGUGCCCGGGGGGGACCUGGCCAAGGUGCAGCGCGCCGUCUGCAUGCUGAGCAACACCACGGCCAUCGCCGAGGCCUGGGCCCGCCUGGACCACAAGUUUGACCUGAUGUACGCCAAGCGGGCGUUCGUGCACUGGUACGUGGGGGAGGGCAUGGAGGAGGGGGAGUUCUCGGAGGCGCGGGAGGACAUGGCCGCCCUGGAGAAGGAUUACGAGGAGGUGGGGGUGGAUUCGGUGGAAGGGGAGGACGAGGUGCGCACGGGGACGUACCGGCAGCUCUUCCACCCCGAGCAGCUGAUCACGGGCAAGGAGGAUGCGGCCAACAACUACGCCCGUGGGCACUACACCAUCGGGAAGGAGAUCAUCGACCUGGUCCUCGACCGCAUCCGCAAGCUGGCUGACCAGUGCACAGGGCUGCAGGGCUUCCUGGUCUUCCACAGCUUUGGGGGUGGCACCGGCUCUGGCUUCACCUCCCUGCUCAUGGAGCGCCUCUCUGUCGACUAUGGCAAGAAGUCCAAGCUGGAGUUCUCCAUCUACCCAGCCCCACAGGUCUCCACGGCCGUGGUGGAGCCCUACAACUCCAUCCUCACCACCCACACCACCCUGGAGCACUCCGACUGCGCCUUCAUGGUGGACAACGAGGCCAUCUAUGACAUCUGCCGCCGCAACCUGGACAUCGAGAGGCCCACCUACACCAACCUCAAUAGGCUGAUCGGCCAGAUCGUGUCCUCCAUCACGGCCUCGCUGCGCUUUGACGGGGCUCUGAAUGUCGACCUGACGGAGUUCCAGACCAACCUGGUGCCGUACCCCCGCAUCCACUUCCCGCUGGCCACCUACGCCCCCGUCAUCUCUGCCGAGAAGGCUUACCACGAGCAGCUCUCGGUGGCGGAGAUCACCAACGCCUGCUUCGAGCCGGCCAACCAGAUGGUGAAGUGCGACCCGCGGCACGGCAAGUACAUGGCGUGCUGCCUGCUGUACCGCGGGGACGUGGUGCCCAAGGAUGUCAACGCCGCCAUCGCCCCCAUCAAGACCAAGCGCAGCAUCCAGUUUGUGGACUGGUGCCCCACUGGUUUCAAGGUGGGCAUCAACUACCAGCCGCCCACGGUGGUGCCCGGGGGGGACCUGGCCAAGGUGCAGCGCGCCGUCUGCAUGCUGAGCAACACGGCCGCCCCCCGCCCCCGCCUCGACCCCCAGUUUGACCUGAUGUCCGCCAAGCGGGCGUUCGUGCACUGGUACGUGGGGGAGGGCAUGGAGGAGGGGGAGUUCUCAGAGGCACGGGAGGACAUGGCCGCCCUGGAGAAGGAUUACGAGGAGGUGGGGGUGGAUUCGGUGGAAGGGGAGGGCGAGGAGGAAGGGGAGGAAUACUGAGCGCUGGGUUCCUUCUGUUGCUGUAGCAUGUCCACAAAAUGUCCGCUUCAAACACUUCGGCUUCCUUGUGCACUGGGUGGGCUUCAGCCCCAGGGCCCGGCUGGAGGCCGCACCGCUCUGGCUGGGCUCGUGCUCUCCGAUGUGCUCCUGUCGGUUUUCCAUGUGUCUGUAUCAUGUCUGUGAA